GCCGGCGCCCUCCCUCCGUCUGGGCGCGCAGCUCGUGAGUCCUGCUCCGCGCUGGCUCUGCGGCCAUUUUGAGCUUCGCUUCCACCUUUGCCCGCCGGUCGGCCCAGCCCUUCCGGGGUCGCGCCGUCAGGGGUUUUGAACCGCCCGUCUCUUCCGGAAAGUCGCCGCCGCCGCCGCGGGAGGGCUCCUAUCUAUGGUGGCGAGGCCCGCGGAGAACUAGGACGCCUCCUUCCCGCCAGGAUGUAUGUGGCUCCUGCCGCCGCGGCCCGCGCGCGCUGUUCCGGACUGAGGUCUGCCCCCUGCUGCCGAAGCCGCUUUCCUCUGCGGCGCCUCUGCUGGCCCGCGGCUCGGCCCGGGACCCCGACUCCGCCUCUAGGCCAGGCCAAGACUGUCUAGGCCUCUCCGAAUCCCUUCCAGCCGCCCAGCUCCGCGUCCCUCCCUGUGAGACUGCCCGGAAAAGAGGACAUGGAGCCGGGAGCAGACGGAUCGCGGAAACGGUCAGCCCCUCCGGCGGGCUCCGGGUUCCGGCUGCCCUUCUUCUUCCGUCGGCGCUCUCAACCGGUCUCUUCCAAGUUCCCCACGCCUCCAGUCCAGGAACAUCCUGCCAACCCCAAACUGAUCUCUCCCCAGCCCGAAGCUCGAACCAGGUACUGGAUGAAGCUGCUUUUCCAGCUCUUUGCACCUCUCCCCAGUUUGCUUCAGAAGCUGCUGAUUUGGAGCCAACUUUUCGGGGGGAUGAUCCCGACCAGGUGGUUAGAUUUUGCUGGAGGCUACAGCGCCCUGAGAGCCCUGCGGGCAGGGGAGGAGCCAGCCGCCCCCAAGGCGCAGAAAUCCUUAAGUUCUCUGGUACUGGACCCCUCCGACGACUCGGCUACCAGCCCCAUUGAUUGGCUGGAGGAGGGGAUCCACUGGCAGUGCCGGUCCGCGGAUCUCGAGUUGGAACUGAAACACAAGGGAAGAGCUUUGGACCCUGCCGCACAUGAUUUUCUCCUGGAGCGGCAGCUGUGGGGGAUGGAACUCUUGCCCAGUAGCCUUCAAGCGCGUCUGUUGUCUGACCGGGAACUUGGCUCGUCGCCCUCCCGGCCGCUAAACUUUGAGCGCUUAAGCAAUUUCAACGUCGUCUCCUAUUUGCUGAGCACUUCCUAUCUCGACUGCCUGCCCCGGGCAGAGCUCAGCUAUCAGAACGGCUUGGCCGGUGGUGAGCUAGUUGAUUUACAGACGCUCACCGCGGAGAGCAGCUGCCUGACUGAGGCUCAUUCUCAUCCCCAGCCUCUAAAUGCAGAAAUCACUGGAGGCUCGUGGCAGGGAUGUCCACCUCUCUCUAGGGAAGGCCUGCCUGAAAUCCACCAUCUUCGCAUGAAACGGCUGGAAUUCCUUCAGCAGGCUAGCAAAGUGCAAGCGUUACCCACCCCGGACCAAGAUCAUGGCUACCACAGCCUGGAGGAGGAACACAGCCUUCUCCGCGUGGACCUGAAACACGGCAGAGAGAGUUCCACAGAGUUUGUUACUCCUUCUGGAGCCCUUCCCAGAACCGCCCAGGAACCCAUCGAGGAGAACACAGAAUUGUUGACCAAAGAGGUUCCACUUGCUUUGGGAAAACGGGGCCCUUCGGAUAACUGUCCAUCUUAUGAGACACCUAUGGCCAGAGAGCCUGAAGAAGACCAAGUAAGUGUAGCUGACUCCUCGGACAUAGAAGAUGACCUCCCCGUUUCUGCCAGGCCAGCGUGCAGUAACAAGCUGAUAGAUUACAUUAUGGGAGGUGCAUCCAGUGACUUGGAAAUAAGUUCUGAUUCAGAGGGUGAGGAUUGGGAUGAGGACGCUGAGGAUGAUGGUUUUAAUAGUGACAGCUCACUCUCAGAAUCAGACCUUGAACAAGACUCUGAAGGGCUUCACCUUUGGAAUUCUUUCUACAGUGUAGAUCCUUAUAAUCCCCAAAACUUUACAGCAACCAUCCAGACUGCUGCCACAAUUGUCCCUGGACACCCUUGUGACUCAGAGAAUUUAUUUGACAAAUCUGAUGCAGAGACUUCUCCUCUGACCAGAAGCCUUCCCGAGUCCCCUGGCCCUAAUUCUGGGGAGGAAGAUGACUGGGAAUCUAGUGCAGAUGAAGCAGAGAGUCUCAGACUGUGGAACUCUUUCAGUAACUCCGAUGACCCCUACAACCUUUUAAAUUUUAAGGCUCCUUUUCAGACAUCAGGGAACAAGUGGAAAGGCUGUUGUGUCUCAGAGAGGUCGUCUGAGUCCACUGUGGCCAUUACUGAGUGUCACACUUUACUUUCCUGUAAGAUCCAGCUAUUAGGGAGCCACGAAGGUGAAAGUUCAGACUUGGUUCAGGGUGGGGUUCUUUCUGGAGAAAGACACACGCAUAUCAAGAGAAAAAAGGUAACCUUCCUUGAGGAAGUUACUGAGUAUUAUAUAAGCGGUGACGAGGAUCGCAAAGGACCAUGGGAAGAAUUUGCACGGGAUGGAUGCAGGUUCCAGAAACGAAUUCAAGAAACAGAAGAUGCUAUUGGCUAUUGCUUGACAUUUGAGCACAGAGAAAGAAUGUUUAAUAGGCUCCAGGAAACAUGCUGCAUGGGAUUUAAUGUUUUCAAGCAAUGUUAAAGAUGAUUGGACAGCCUCUGUCCAUGGAGGCACUACCUCUUAUUUGAGAGGUUUCUUUUAAAAACAAAAAUUUGGCAGCUGCCCUUUGACUUUAUUUUAGAGAAUAUGCAACUUGGAUGCAGUGACCUAGUUUUACUUUUUUUUGCAACAGUCCCACUCAGAAAUAUCCAGGUUUGCAGCCAGGCCCUGAUAAUGAAGGAGGAGAUGGUGUGAUUUCUAACCCUUCCUUUAUUUAUUGGGAUGUUUUUGAAUGCCAUUUACUUAACUAAGGUGAAAAGUGGGCCUUUUAAGGUGUGAAUUUGCACUUUCAAAAUUUAUUUUCUUGGGGAACAAUAUUUAUGGGGUUCAAAGCCCAUUUACACUUCUAAUUUAAAUUAUGUGUCCCUGAAUAGACUUUGGACUCCUCUCCUCCUGCCCACCCAGCAUCUUGCAAUUAAUGGACUUUCAUGUUCUCUGUUUUUUCCCAGCUCAGUAAUUUGGCACUUUUACCUAAGGCACAGAAAAUCAUCUUGUAUAUGUUAUCAACUUAACUUACAUUACCUUGUGUCACUUUUUUUUCCUUCUAAAAAUGACUGAUUAAAAAUGUGUGGUGGGUUUUUAUUUCUCGAUUAAGUUCUACUUAAAGAUAUUUACAAAGACUGCCACAGAACCUACAUAUGCAGUGUGCUGCUACUUUGGGGAGCUGCAUCUUUCUGCCAAAUUUUAACAUCUAAUAUAUUUAAUUUCUGUACAAACUGUUCUUUGGAGAGGAUUCUUGUGUGUUGUAGUUCCUGGUUGAAUGGUUCUUUGUAUCUCUCAACAGGUAGAAAUAGUUGUAGAAGAUGCCAGAAAGUAAUAAUUGCAUCAUAGGCUUUUAUUUAUUUAUUUUUAAUUUAAAAGCCUAGAAUUUACAUGAGAAAAGGUAGGAGACAUCUUAGAGCGAUUUGGUUUUGUUGUAUAUACUCUUAAUAUAGAAAACCAGUGUUAUUAAUGUUAUGCCUCAGCACUGUCACUUUUAAAAACCUGUCAGGGUGACACUGUAAGCUUGGAAAAUGACAGUUCUGAAUUUUCCAGUUUGAAAUGUAAAAUAUAGACUUCAGUCAGUGUCCAAGUUUGUGUUCUAUUUUAAGGAGAGGCCUAUACUUACGGGAAAGGCUAGAGCUGUAGAUUUAACAACUAGAAAGUCUUACUAUCUUUAGCCCAGAGUUUACUUUUGAAGUUUUUGCAGUGACUGGUUGUGCUUGCUUAUUUAAUUUGUUAGGCUUAUUUAAUUAUGUGCAUAUGUUAGGUCAAGAGAAUGUUAACCAAUCCCUUAAUGUUCUGUUUUACUCCAUGUGCCUCCUGUCUCAAGUAAUGGAAAGCGUAAGAGAUAACCCUCUUAAUUUUUAACUUGUUUCAUUGUGGGAACUAAUUUGUCAUCAGAAGUGCUUAUAGACUUACUACCUCAGUUUUAAUCUACUUGGUCAUUUUAUUUCUGUCUGGUUUGCUCUAAGAACUGCAUCUGGUGUUCCAUAAAGUCACAUAAACACACUGGUCCGAUUUUUGCAGAGUCCUUAUUCAGUGUGUUUUGUGCACUUCCACCUUAGGUCCUCCCAGGGAAUGCAUUUAGUCUUGGUAGGCCACCACAAAAACAGGAUAGUUUCAAGCACCAGCCAUGUCAAUUGGGAAGAAGGUAUUGUUUGCCUUGAAAAAGUCUUUUUGAAAAUGUAUGAGCAUUCUCUUCAAGCAGUCUAAAGCACACAUUUAUUUCAGGGAUUUAGGUUGCAUCCUGCGUUUCUGAAACCUAGCACCUCUGCAAAUUUGAAAAUGGGAUACCUUUUUUACACGUUGGAUUUUGGAAACUUGUUCCCAGAGAUUCCAACCUUACUACCAAAUGAGUAAAUGCUUGGUCAAGAAUUCCCCCACUUACUCUCUUAAGAGGUCAGAUGGAUGAAAAGGACAGAAAGGACAUUUUAAAGUUGGACUGAAGGAAAAAGCCAAAAUUCUUAACAAAUUUCAUCCCAAUUGUAGUUUUUAGAGCAAACUUAAACCCCCACAAUCUUAAAAAGAAGAUUGGACUUUUUAAUUGAAUACUUAACGCAUUCAAAGUCUUGCAGUGGUGCUCUCAGUAUCCUUGUAGCAUGUGAAAGGCUUGUACAGACAGGUAAGAUUUCCUUUUCUGAGUGUUGAAAUAUAAUAGCACCCCUUCAUCUUUAACUUGAAAUCAAAACUAUCAGAUUUUAUUUUUUUAUAAUUUAAGGAAGGUGAAGUUAGGGACUAGCAGACUUCUAAGUUGGCUUCUACAGAUACAGUGAUUUAAAUGUAACCAAUUUGUUGGAAUUUUAUAGUUAAAAUUAUAUUUGUGUAUAUAACUUAACUAAUCUGUAAGUUGUAAUAAAUAUAUUUGCAAUUAAAAUUAUUACAUGAUAUUUUGGUUCAACUU